AGUGUGGUUGAUACGUUCACGUUGAGGUAGCGCGCCGGCCCCGUCGACACGACAACGUGCUAGUGAUAGUGCAGUGCUGUGAUACCGUCAGUGAGUGCGACCCGUCCAGUGCCCCGUCCGACCAUAAAUGUUCUAAAUUUAUUUCUUAUUGUUUGCGAUGUCUCACACAUUCGACGGCGAUUCCUGCGGGACACGUCACUCAGGAGCGUUCGGUUCCUACUUGGACCCUUCCAGCGACUCGUCUCCCCCCUUUCAUCACCCGGAUUAAGAGAUACUUGUGCGGCGUGAGGGUAGACGUGAGAGGGUAGUGAGUGUGUAGUGAGGAUGUGGUGUAACGGGUUCGGUGUGUGGGUAUCUAGGUAUCUGCACGAGCUGUGAGUGGUGCUAGAGUAUGACCCCCUCGGCUGCGUGGACGGUGCUGUUCGCCACAGUAGUCUGGUGCGCGAUGUGGACAACUUGCGUUACCUCCCCCGUGGACUACGAGACGCGGGGAUCGUCCGCGCUCUUGAAACGUUCCAGGAGGAUAUCCAGGACGUCCAGAGGGUUCUCCCGAGGGUUCUCGGAGUCCCUGAAAUCCUCGGACUUUCAACAACCUUGCUCCCACGUGGGCGACUUGACCAACGACGUGGCGGCGCGGGCGUUCCUCGCCACGACGGUGUUCGAGGGGAAGGCCCGGUCGAGGAGCGGCGUCAACGCCGGCGGCACCUACGCCGUCACCUUCCAGGUACAACACGUCCAUAAGGACCACACUCCGGGGGCGCUGAGGCUAAGGAGCCAAGUCAGACUGCAUUUCCGCGAGAAGACUGCGAGUCCGAGAGUCUCCGCGUGUGUACAGAACUAUAACUACACGGCGGGCGCGGACGGGCCUGUGCGGGCGAAUAUCAAACGCGGUGGAAAGUACUUAGUGUUCGUCAGCGGUGUGGGACCUCACAACUUCACGGUGAUCGGCGAACCCGUGUUCCGCAGCAAGAAGAAUCUGCAAGCUGUGAAAGACGUGCUGUGCAGAGACUGUGUCAGGCCCGUGGACGUUUGGGGACUACGGGACGUGACAGUCAAGGUGAAGGAGAGACUGAGGCUGGUCUGCAGAUGUAGCGGCAACCCUCUGCCCGCCAUGCUGUGGCUGAAGGAUGGUCAGCGGAUAAACGCCACGAGGAAUACGAGGAUACAGUACAAAAAGAAGAGGUCCUCACUGCUGAUACCCAGGGUCCGCGUGGAGGAUGCUGGUCGCUACGAGUGCAGAGCUAUCAGCGUAUUAGGAGAGAGUAUGGCGACGUAUGCUACGGUUACCGUCCAACCCGUUAAACCUUCCAGUGGCGCCGACAACACAACGACGCUGUGGCCACUUGUUGGCAGUCCUUGUCCCAUAGACACCUACUGCCUCAACGGAGGCACCUGUACCUACUAUGAAACCGUCGCUGAACUCGUCUGUCAGUGCGCGGACGGUUUCAAGGGCCAGAGGUGCGAAAGCAAAGACGUCUUCAACCGUAGUAAUGUAGUAGAGACUAAGUGGUCUCCAGAAGGAUGGUGGCAUCGAAGGACACUCCAGGAGCAAAUAAGGAGAGCUAGGAGAGAGCACUACCGAUUCCAACCCCCAGUCAGUCUGGAUGGUAGAAGCUCCAACGAGGAUAUUCGGGCUAGACUGAGUAAUUCGGGGAAUAAAAAUUACUAAUAACCCACAAAUGUGGAUCACCUCUGUUAAAAGAUUUUUCCAUAAACUUUUGAAACAGUGAUGCGCUUAGGCUAAAGGACUAACGGGCAGGCCUGCCUAAGAAGUAAAAAUAAUGUGAUGAAAGGGAGGAAUCAUCCGAUGGUGGGUCUGCUACAAUUUAUUCUAGUCAUUAGAAUCCUAGCUUUACGCGAUUGUGCUGGUCAUACUAUGUUAUAGUGUUGUAAAUACUGGUAAAAUACUAGGCUACUUAAUUGUGAUAAUGGCGACUCAACACAUAAUUAACUAUUAACUUAACAAAGAUUGUUGACUUCGCUGAUUGUUAAAGUUCUGUUACGUUCUUCAAUGUUAAUAGUUUGUCUUUUUACUAAAAAUUGUUGUCUCCAUAGUUUUGUAAAUUCAGUAAAGUUUAGGAAAUGUUAUUGCUGCAAUAGCGUUAAUUAUUAUGCAAUUUCUUUAUAAAUCACAGUAGAACAAUUCUUUCAUAAACAAAGUUUGCUACUAUAUUUAUUUCAAGUGGGCAAUAAUGUUUUUUUUUUUUUUUUACUUUUAGUGUAAUACUCACAGAUUAAUAUUUAUAGCACGUAUUAGGGAAUUGUAAAUAUAUUUAUUCGAGUAAGAUAUUCUGUGAAAGCACUGUAUAUGUUUUUGAACGCGGACUUGACGUAUGAUAUUUAUUGUUAGUAAAUUAACUUAUAUAUUGUUGUACAUAGACCAUUGUACAUAAACAGAUGUUUCAGUAUUAUUUUUAUCCACUGCCAAGCUUUGCAAAUCAUUAGUUGAUCAAGGUUAGACAUCUACUAAACUUCUACACACUGCUUGCUUUUUGUCGCUCUUUAAAUUAUUGCACCUUAUCUAUUCCUUGGUAUAUUUUCAACAUCUGUUGUGAGUAGUUAGUAAAAAAUGUCAAAUAAAUUUUGGUUAUAUAGUAUUUUAUAGUAAAAUGAAAAGUUUUGUAAAUGAAUACAUUCUCUUGGUGUAGUAGGUUUUCAGUGAAUAUUAUUAGUAUUUUUUUAUUAACUAAAUAUAUUUUGUUAACUCAUUAAAAGACAAUAAACUAUUAGUAAAUCUUGGAAAAAUUGUGAAAAAUAAAAAUUUUGCUAGGAUAUUCCUCUUUAACUUUAAUAGAAAGUUUAAAUUUAUUAACUAAAUGCACUAUUAAAGUAAGUAGUAAUACAUAAUAUUAUAUUAAAUUACUAACGCAAUUCUUUAAUGCUAUCUUGAUAUAAAAAAAAAACUAAUCUAAAAUAUUAAUCUUCAUCCAAUAAAAAGGGAAAUUAAAGCAAUAUAAAUAAAGACUUAGAAUUUUAUACGAAAACUAAGUUAAUUCAUGAAAAUCACACAUUCGUAGCAAUCUAGGUUCAUAAACUCUUUCAUACAUGUAUAACUAACUGUCCAGUGCAUAAAUAUACUCUUUGAUUAUGGAAAUUUUUUUAACAUUUUCAGUUACAUUUUACACUCAUAAUAAUAGUCAAUAAUAAUUGAAAUAAUUUGUAUCAGGAAAACAGCAUUUUGGCUGAAGUUUUACUAUCAGGAGUUGUGAAGGGUUGGUUUUUAUCCACCCUUUUGUGUGUUACUUGAUAGAAAAAAGGUUCCUAUUGCAAGCAUUGACAAUAAUUAUUCGCCUUGUAUUAAUGUUAUCCUAAGAAUACAGAUUGUUGUUAUUAGUCCUACAGGAGGGGUUGGGCAUUGACUAAUGAUAGUUAAUUUUUUAUAUCUAUCUGGUUCAUUAUUGUCUUAUUGAUGUCCCAUUUUUAUUCUAUAGUGUCCAUACCCAUUUCUAUUUUAUUUAUGUUCUACUAAAUAAAAGAAACGUCUUAUAACACUUAAAACAUAUAUUUACGCUUACACUGUUACUCACAAGACGGUAAAUAUACAAAAAAGAUGGUAAGUGGUGAUCGAUUUCGAUUGGACACUCCAAUCAUCAUCAGACCCAAUAGGCGAAUGAUAUGUUAUAUUGUCAAUUGAGAAAUAUUAACUUCUAAUUUAUAAAUUAAUAUCAAAUUGAUUAUGAUCAAUACCAUUAUGAUUAAUACCAUCUCACGUUAGUUUCUAAAAUCUAGUUGAUAUUCCAUUCUUAUUCUAUUAAUAAAAGACUAGUAUUCUAACAAAAGAUAUACCCAAUACAUGUCCAUUUUACUAAUAUCCAAUAUAUAUUCAAUUAGUGUUUUAUUGGUAUUUGAAAUAUAUUUUGUUGGUAUUCUAUCAAGCAAUAUCUCAUUGGUUAUGUUUGAUUUUUCCAUUAGUAUUCCUUUGUUAUCCGGUUUCUUAAAUUGUGAAAAAAAUUACAUUGUAUUUUUAUAAGAAAGUAGUUAUAUGAAACAAUUUUUUAUGAUAAAAUCAAAACGCAUAGGUUUUCUAACAAAAUUCAAACAGUAUAAAAUACUUUACCCUUCACUGAAACGUAGGGAAGUAAUCUUCGAGAAUCAAAAUCACUAUAAAUCAGCAAGAACCUUAUCAGUUUGGUUUUAAGACUUAUUAACGCAACAAUUAGGGUCUUAAGCAACGAUACUGCUACUGUAGUAUGUAACCUUAUCUUAUUUAAUCUCAAAUUGAAUUAUUGCAGUAUUUUGACAAAAUUUUUUUUACAGAUUUCUCAUUUGCAGUUGAUAAUGUUUUGAAGAUAUUUUUGUUUAAAACAAUUUUAAAACUUGUGAUGUUUACCGUUUUCCGUUCUAUUUUUUUUAAAUGUAUCUUAAAUUAUGUAUUUCAAACCCCUCCUGUCUAGUUAGAUGUUACAGCUCCGCAUUCUAAGAGUACAUCAGUGUCGUCAUAAGACUGUGUACAUACAAGUAUUUCGAAAUGUUCAAGUCUAUUCCAGUUAUUGAAAUAUGCAGCUUAAGACAUAAUAAAACAGUAAAAUUAAUUUCUAACUUAAUUCUCAGAGCGUUAUUUUCUUCAAUCAUACUUUAGUUGAGUCCUUAUAAGAAUUUUAGUAAAUACAAAGGAAAGUUUGCUAAUGUACUAGGCCUAAGUGAAAUAAAAAAAUAAUAAAAUUAUAUUUCAGUAUAUUUAUCUGCAUUACUUUAGUAAAAUUGUUUUUAACUUGUCCUUAAAACCUCAAGUAGAAAUUAAUUUUAACAGCAUACUGCUCUUUGUCCACUUUAUUUUCUUUACUUUUAAAAACUGUUUCAGGUAUUCUUACAUUUUAUUUUAUUGUGUUUUUUUAUAAAUUUACUUUAAGUGUUUAAGUUAUUUUAGAAUGAAUCUUUUAAAAUCUAGAUAUUUAUUUAUAUUUUAAGAUAAUUAAAAAUACUUAAUCUACUACAUUAUGGAAUUACAUUUCGUUCUGUUUAGUGUAACAAAUGCAAUCAGGGCGCAAUACCUUGAUCAACCAACAAUAACAUAAAUAAUUUCGUAACUUUGAGAGUAUAAUUGUAACGAUUAAAUGAAAAACUUGAACUUUUAGCUUUUGACGAGUAAUCCAUUAAAGCUAUCGAGUAACUGAAUAAACUGAUGUACUCUUCCAUCCAUUUUCUAGAUGUAGAUAAAUGUCAAUUAUUCUUUUUCCUCUCUCUGUAAGUAACGCCUACCAGCUUCAUUGUAACUUUGUAUUUAUAUUUUAAAUAUUUGUAUAUUUAUUAAUUAAUUUUAUAGAAUUUAUGUUUGUUUUAUAGUCAA